AUGGGUUACUUCAUUCCGUCCAACAAGCUUGGUAACUUGAAGUUAUACAAAUACUCAUCGGAAGAUCAUUCGAUUAUUUCAAAGUAUAUCCUAAAAAAAUGGUGGAAUCAUUUUGUCAAGAUUUUCCCCAUGUCGAUGGCUCCCAAUGUGAUCACGUUGCUCGGGCUUAUGUUUGUGAUUGUUAAUCUUUUUGCCGUGUUCUACUACUCGCCUUACUUGGACCAAUCACAACCCAGAUGGUGCUACUUUUUCUAUGCUUUUGGCUUGUUCAUGUACCAAACGUUCGAUGGUUGCGAUGGUUGCCAUGCCCGUAAUACCGGCCAAAGUGGUCCAUUGGGUGAAUUGUUCGACCAUUCCAUAGACGCCAUCAACACAACUUUGGGAUCCAUUGUGUUUGCUUCCGUGUUCAAAAUGGGCUACGGAAAAUUGACAUUGUUGACUCAAAUUUGCAUCGGUCUGCAACUUUUAUGCUUCCACUUGGGAAGAGUACCACACUCACACCUUGUUUCUCUCGUCCUUCAGCGGCCCUGUCGAGGGUAUUUUGAUGAUCUGUGUUGUAUACUGCAUCACUGGAGUUUUGGGACCCGAUAUCUGGGACGUUCAACUCUUGAGUCUUGA